UUCCUCCACCUCCCUGAGACCCCUUUUUCUCCUCAGCAUGUCCCUUCUUGGCAUCCUUUUGCUGGAGCGGUGGAAGCCCAGGUUCCUGUUUGAUUUCUCAGCACAGCCAUCGGAGGAGCUGGGAGGGGAGAGUGAGGGGGUGACUUCAGGGGCACAACCUCACCUGCUCAGUGUCCCUGAACUGUGCCACUGUCUGGCAGAGAGCUGGGUCACCUUCAGGCUGUACCUGCAGGAACUGCUACAGUACAAGAGGCAAAAUCCUGCCAAGUUCUGCAUGAGUGUCUGUUCAGGCUGCCUGAUUCUGGCUGUAGUUGGACACUAUGUUCCAGGCAUAAUGAUCUCCUACAUCAUUUUGCUCAGCAUUCUGCUUUGGCCUCUGGUGGUCUACCACGAGCUGAUCCAGAGGAUGUACACGCGUUUGGAGCCUGUCCUGAUGAAACUGGACUACAGUAUGAAGGCAGAGACGCUGCACCACAAGCAUGAGAAGAAGAAGCGACAAGGGAAGAGUGAGCCUGCAGCAGGUGAUGAGCCAACAGCAGAGACGGAGAGUGAGAGUGAGGCAGAGCUGUCGGGCUUCUCCCCAGUGGUGGAUGUGAAAAAGACUGCCUUGGCACUGUCAAUCACAGAUUCUGAGCUCUCUGAUGAGGAGGCUUCCAUCCUGGAGAGUGGGGGCUUUUCUGUCUCAAGGGCUACCACCCCACAGCUGACAGACGUUUCUGAAGACCUGGAUCAGCAAAGCCUGCACAGCGAGCCAGAGGAGUCAUUUUCCAAGGACCUGGCAGAGUUUCCCUCCGUGGAAGAAUAUCAUUCCAGAGACCUGGGACCACAGAGUGAUGAAGAUGCAUUUGGUGUGCCUCUGGGUCCUGAGCUUGCCCACGCUGCCCGUGAGCUGGACUCGGCAGAGGAGGCGGCCGCGGACUCUGACCUUUCCAUCCUUCGCCUAGCGUCUCCUCUCCAUUUUGUAAAUACGCACUUCAAUGGGAGCGGGCAAGCGGCCGGAGGCAGCGCAGAGCCAAAGACUGUCCCUGCCCCGGGCCUGGGCAUCUGCAUUGACACGCUGAGCGAGGAGAUCGUCACCACUGCCAUUACCACGGCAGUGCAGAACACCCUCUCUGCCCUGCUGCGGUCCUCGGAGGCCAGCGAGGGGCCCUCCCUCUCCGAGUUCCUGCCCACCGAGCCCGAAGAGAAACUGAGCUUCCAAGCACAGCUGUCAGAGACCGAAGUGGUGGAGACGGAGACAGCAGCUUCACCGGAGGAUGAGGAGGAAGCAGAUGACUUUGAGCUACUGGAUCAGGGGGAGCUGGAGCAAAUGGAUGUAGAGCUGGGGCUUGGAGAGGAGCAGGAGGCACAGGAGUCUCCUGCCGCUCCGGCUCCCCCGUCUCCCACACUUGCUGAGCUGCCAAAGCAAGGAGAUGAGGAGGAGGCAGUGAUGACAGCAGCGUCUAUGUCUUAGGUCUUCUUCAUGCACCCCCUUUUCCUCCAUUGUCACUGGAAAGAAGGAAGAACUCACACCGUGAACGUGCAGUGGGUUUUUAGAUGUUUGUGUUGACUGGGAUGGAAAUGCGUCAGUGUUAAUGUGCUGUGUCUGGAAUAACGAAUCCCUUCCAUCCUUCUAGAGCCCGGCCUUCACUGGCUGAGCGGGAGACGCCCCUGCCCUGCAGCUGGGGAGGAGCCGGCUCCUAGAAGCCUUAUGCCACAAUCGAAACACCAACCCCAGCAAACGCUUCCUAGUAAUGGUGCAGUAUUUUGGUCUGUCUUCUGUUUGUCUUUCGUUUUGCACGCAGAGUACUGAGCUAGCUGUAGCUGCUGCUAAUACCCACAUCCCCAGUAGGACAUAUGCAAUCUUAUUUUAUUGGGUUUUUAAAUGGCUAAAAGUGUAAAUAAUUUUAACUUUCAUUGGUUUCGUUUGGGGGGAGGGAUGGGGUGCACAGUCAAACCUGGCUCGCGGGGGCUAGGGGAGGGUAAGGGGUCUUCGGAGGGGAGGGGAGGAGUACGGGGACAAAAGCAGACUGGCGCUGUGCAGUGAAGAGACCCCUUCUGC